CAUACAUUCCCACAAAAACAGGGUUUCAUUUGGAUGAGAAAAUUUCUGAUCAUCGUUCGUAUACGGUCUAGCGAAUAACUCGUGAAAACACAUUUUGACCAACUUCAUAUCAUCCACGUGUCGCCAUGCACACUUUCACAUUGCUAUCUCAAAUCCAUCAACGACCCAUAUCUUAAAAUAACUGUUUUGAAAUGAGAAUUACAUUUACGUGACCUCCAAAAUUAACCGAUUUGUACAAGAGAAAAUGGUGGUUGAAGACGGAAGCCCGAAGAGCCCAGAGGCGAAGUUAGGACUCGAAGUCGAGGACCUAUGGGACAUACAGGAGCCACAGUUGUCUCCAACCGAGAAGCUUAAUGCUUGUUUCGAAAGCAUUCCUGUUUCCGAGUUCCCACAAGCCUCGUCUUCGCAAGUAAUUGAGAUCAAAUCAGACGCUAGUUUGGGCGAAGCUGUUCAGUUGCUAUCCCAAAACAAAAUUCUUAGUGCACCCGUUGUGGACGUUGAUGCGCCAGAAGAUGCAAGUUGGCUCGACAGAUAUCUUGGGAUAGUAGAGUUUGCAGGCAUUGUGGUCUGGAUUCUGCAUCAGUCGGAAAAGAAAGCAGGGUUAGAGGGGAUAGAUGCUGCAGAAGUAUUUGCUAAAGCAUUACAAGAGUCCACAGGACCUGCUGUUGCGGCAGCCGCAAGUGGGAUGUCGUCGCCAAGAUAUAGAAGUUCACAACCUGGAUCUCCGAAAACAGACGGAAACUUUUUUGAAUCCUUGACUUCUUCAGAUUUUUAUAAGAAUACAAAGGUUAAAGAUAUCUCCGGAUCGUUUCGAUGGGCUCCAUUUCUGGCACUGCAACCAUCUAACUCCUUUCUCACCAUGCUUUUACUGCUAUCUAAGUACAGAAUGAAGAGUAUUCCGGUAGUUGAUUUAGGGGACAGAAAGAUAGAUAAUAUUAUCACUCAAGCUGCAGUGAUUCAUAUGUUGGAGGAAUGUGCUGAUCUCCAGUGGUUUAAAAGCUGGGGAUCUAAGAAAUUACAUGAACUUGGCCUUCCUUAUAUGAAAAAUAAUCGGAUUAUUAAGGUGGAUGAGGAUGAACCGGUUCUGCAGGCGUUUAGAAUCAUGCAGGAGAAGGGUGUCGGUGGGGUGCCAGUCGUUGCGAGUGGUGGAAACAAGGCGGUUGGCAAUAUAAGCAUCAGGGAUAUUCAGUUUCUCUUGAUCGCCCCCGAGAUUUACAAAGAUUACAGAUCUAUCACAGCAAAGAACUUUCUAACAGCAGUUAAAAACUAUUUGGAGGAGAAUAAAAAGGAAUCCCCUUUGAUGAGUAGUAUGAUUACUUGCAAAAAGGAUGAUACACUUAAAGAUGUAAUCAUGAAACUUGAUUCCAUGAAGAUUCAUCGUAUAUAUGUAGUCGACGGAGAAGGGAACCUUGAAGGGUUAAUAACACUCAGAGAUAUAAUUUCAAAGAUAGUACAUGAACCUAGAGGAUAUUUUGGUGAUUUCUUUGAUGGUAUUUUACCCAUACCUCAAACCUCUAGGGUUUAG